AAACCAAACACACCAACACAUACACCCUUCUCCAAAUAUAUUCAAAUUUCUCAAAACAAUUUCUAAUUAUGGCGAACUUAGCCCUUAUUCUAACAAUCUCGUGCUUCUUCGCGUCCACGCUAAGUGUGGACGCGAGGAGGAUAAGGUCCAUUGCCGAGGAUGAAACAAAAUUCCUCGGCAGCGCCUGCUCCGAAAAAGAAAAACUCAUAAAGCUCCAUUUCUUUGUCCAAGAUCUUGGGGUGAACCACCCCCACACCACCACGUACGACGUGGCGGAAGCCUCCAUCACCGCCAACUCCGCGACCGGCUUCGGCAAAGUCCGCGUCAUAGACGACCUGGUCACGGCCGAGGCGGACGCCAACUCCCGCCCCCUUGGCCGCGCCCAAGGGCUCGUCACCAAAUCCGACCUAAACACGAUCGGCAUCACGAUGAAUAUCAACAUCUACUUCACCUCGGGGCAGUUCGCCGGGAGCACACUCAGCAUUCUCGGCCGGAACGAGAUCAACGACGACCAGCGGGAGCUGGUGGUUGCUGGCGGCACCGGCGUCUUCCGAUUUGCUCAUGGAUACGCACUACAGAGCACCGCUGCUUUUGGGCAAGACUUGUCCGUGUUGGAAUACUACGUCUUCACCACCUCCGGCCCUAAAUUCGUCGACCUUGACGAUGUUGAGGUUGUUGCAAUGUAAUGAAUUGGUUGAACCCGGGACCUCACUGUUCACACACAGGAGGUCGCACCGCUUAGUUUGUUGAAAUGUAAUGAAUUUGUUGCAUUGUCAUUUUAUUUGUAUUUCGUUAGCUGGUUUGUAUGCUUCUUGAUUUCGCUGGGGACUUUCGUCGAGCACUUGGUUCUUGUUCCUUUCUUUUAAAAUAAAAUCCCCCAAGUUCACUUAA